AAUUUUAAGAGGAAAUAAGGCAUGAAGCCAGCUAGCCCGGUAAAGCGAAAGCGGGCCAGCCUGACUAACCGGGCUGGUUCACCUUAUGAAGAGAGCCUCAGGCCCUUAGUAGCAUUCGUCAUUUUGGAAUGGAAUAAAAAUUGUAGCAUGAAAUCAACCACACGAAUAAUUGCUAACUACUUUCCACAAAUAGCUUCCAGUCAGACAUUUUAAGCAUGUUGCAGGCCCCGUCAACACCUGUCCGGUUAUUUUUGAAAAAGAGAGUUUUUUUACCCGUUUUAGCCUUCCGUCCACAAGUGAACGGCGUUUUCGUGCACCAAAAACGCCAGUUUUCGAAAACGGUCCCCAGACUAGAGAUUGUUGAAAAGGCCGGCUGAUCAUUUUUGUGUGGACCGGACGAAAAUGGAGGUUUUCGAAUGCGAAGAUGGCACACAUCAUACAACACAUGUCUUGUAAGGGAUAUUUUCAUUGUCUUUAGUGCUUUCGUAUGGACAAGCAAGAUCUAUUCAAAUACUUUACGCACGUGCGUUGACGUGUAUUUUAUAGAAAACGGAGAAAAAAUAUGUUUUCAAAAAAAUGCGGAUACUUGUACUUGCAGACGCUCUAAACCUUCUAGGUUGAUGGUUUAGACGAGUACGUGAGCCGGCUGCAGCGCAGGCUACCUGAAACUAAAUAACAAACCCUGAGGACGAGGAUGAAAACGAAGAGACCAAAGAGGCCAAACAAGGUAGUGCCCCUUUGGGGAUUGGUUAUUUAGGCCACAUAGUAACAGGCUAAGAAAGAAAGCAACACAAAUUAAAAUCACGUUGGGAUAUAAUGCAAAGGCAAUUUUUUUGAGAGGCACUGGCCUUUCUUUCCAAGGUUCUCGAAAACAAUGCCUCUGGUUUCGUCUCAUGACAGUCUUGGAAUCUGGAUUCCACGCUGUGGAUUUCGGACUCCAGGUACUGGAUUCGGGAUUCCUUGACAGUAGGGCGUAUUGUAGAUUCCAGUCGUUAGUGGGAUUCCGAAUACCUAAUAGGCUGAAAACCGGAUACCAAAGCCUCCACGAGCAAAAAUUCCCCGGAUUCGAUCUGGCUUCCACAAGCAAAAAUUUCCCGCAUUUCGGAAUCUGGCUUCCACAAGCAAAAAUUCCCCGGAUUCGAUCUGGCUUCCACGAGCAAAAAUUUCCCGCAUUUCGGAAUCUGGAUUACCUUAAUUUUUUAACACAUGUUGAUACAAGGGGCGACUGGUAAAUAGACGUUACAGACCCGAGAACGCCGGAUUACGAGUCCGAAAGUCCAACACGUUGACCGCUUUGCAACGCUGUUGUUUCCUUCAUCUUUUACAUGAUCAUCUUAUAUAUUUGUUAUAUUUCAUAUUAUUCAGAAAUGUCAGAUUCCGAAAUCCCCAGUCAAUCAACUUCCGCCUCUGGCAGCAGCAGCAGCAGCAGCAACAACAACACCAACAGAGAUCCACCAAAAAUCAAUUUCAGUAAGCUACCAGCAAAGAAGGAGCUGAAGAUGAAGGAUCUUCUCGCAAGGAGCAUACCUUGGGACCAGGUUGAAAUCCCUGUCGAUGUUUUGUUGCUGACAGUGGAGGACUGCGAAUUUUUGGCUUGCGUUUCUUAUUUGAAUAAGGGAUUCUAUAAAAGUCAUCAUGACAAGCCUGGAAUUGUGUAUUUUGGGAAAAUUGGUAAAAAGGGGCAAGAUACCUUGAAAAUUGCCUUAAUGAAAAGUUAUAUGGGCCCUAUGAAUGCUCUCACGACUGUGAAGAACGCCGUUGAAGUCUUAAGUCCAAAAGCUGUAAUUUGGGUUGGAUCUUGCCGUGGUUUAAACGCCAAGAAGGUCAAUUUAGGAGAUGUGGUAGUUUCGUCGAAGUUGAGAACAUAUGCCAAUGAAAAAGUAACAGACAAGGGAAAUGAAGAUUGGAAUGAUGCUGUCCCGGUGUCCACACAUCUUUCAAGGCUCCUUUUAGACGCGGGUCUAGGCUGGAAUCCACCGUUGAAGAAUGUGGCGGAGCUCGAGGUGAAAGUACAAAAUGGUGUAAUUUUGAGCGGCCCAAAGGAGGUUGAUAGUAGAAAGCUACAUGCAGAACUUACCGGGCGAUUCGGUGAAGCCAUUGCUAUAGACAUGGAGGGCGAGGGUAAGACGUUAACAGUUAACAGUUUACGUUAACAGUUUCAGUGAAGAUCGAGUAAGACAAGAGUGCGAAGCGCGAGCAAGGCAAGAGUCUCGUACAUAAACCAACUGCCUUUUUUAACUGGAAAACACAUGAGAAGAUGAAAAAAAUGGCCUGUUGUUUCAAUAUUGUAAUCCACCUAACUCUGGCCCAUCCAUAGCCAAAGUUGAACAAUUAUAGUCUGAUAGAAAAAUAUAAGGGAUGGGCGAGGAUGAAGAUAACAAGUCAAAAUUUAGUUUGGUGUUUUUAUCUAAUCGGUGCCCACUCUCGAGCCAAAGUGAAUGCUGUUAUGAGAGUUUAAAAAUCCCAGUUCAGUUUUUGCCUUGUUUAUUCGAGUUCAUAGCCCGCGAAAGCAGACGUAUUUUCGGUCGUCGCUUCAAACAGAGGCACCCAACGACUGUCUUUCUGUCAAACAACUGUUCGAAGGAGCAAAUAUUUCCUAGAAAUUUCAAAAGCUCGAGAAAAGCUAAAAAUUUAUUGGUAAGUGUUCUAUUCGUCCAAGAUAUUGCAGUUAUUGUAUAAAAAGGUCUUUUGAAAAUUUAAGUAUAAAACGUCCAGUAUAAUCUUAUCUUCCAAGAAAAGUACGUCUACUCCAGGUCCUCAAAAUUUCGACCGGACCAAUCAGGGUAGCUGACAGUUUCGAAUGAGGCGAAAAGCACCUAAAACUAUCGAGACGACCAAAGUUCCCCUAAGACACCCGAACAGAAAAACAGUUUUAAGGGGAACUCCAAAUUAACCAAACAGGCUUCUAAAGUACAGAGAAAACCAUCUGAGACACUUCUGGCGAAUUUGGAAACAUUCGGUCAAAUACAUCUGCGUUCACAGGCUAUGGAAUUUGCGAUGAUGAAUAGGAUUCCUUGGCCCCUGUAGUUGACGGCUGUAGGUCUCUUUGUCCUGCGUAGACUAAAGCAAAAUCUUUCUUUUCAGGUCUCUAUAAAGCAGCGCAUGACCUGAAAAUAGAAUGGGCAGUUAUUAAAGGCGUUGCUGAUUACGCAGAUGGGACAAACUCUAGCACAGACGAGUGGAAACGAUUCGCAAGUUUUAUGGCAGCUUCUGUAACUGCUAAGGUCCUUGAUUCCAGUCCGUUCAAGAACAUGCCUAAUUAUAAAGGUAAGACCAACAAUUAGUGUGAACGACACCGAGGCCAACUUCCUCCUUUCCUCCUCCCAAUUGCUUAACCCGAAGACUAGGGACAAGGCCGAGACUCUUCGUCGAUAGAGGAGCGGAGAUGAUAGUUCGUAAUCAAAAAUCAUCGACAUUGUGAGGUCAAACAGAAGAUUAUCAUUCUUUCAUAAUAUGGGCGUCAAUACCGUGGAUAAAUGUUAAAAAAAGAGCCAACGCUGACCAAAUUUGAAGGAGGUUUGCUAUUGUUCUAUCAUUGACGUCAGUCACUGACGUCAAUGAUGGAUUAAUAGCAAAUUAUUCAAGAUUGAAGCCACGCAAGACAGCCGCGCGGCAGCUUGGCUGUUUUGGCAGUGCAAAGAUCAAGAAAAUGACCCAAGUUUUCGCAGCUAAACGAAGACGAAAUAAUCAAAUUACUGACAGAGAAAGUUAACAAAAAUACUUAAAAUUUGUUCAGCAACCGAUGAAUUCGUCGUUUCGCCAAACUUUUCCCUGCCCCCGUUACUGGCUUUCCCGAGGCUGAGAGGGAAGAGCGCAUUUGAAAGCGGGGUGUUGGAGACGAGAGUACGAAGUGCUCUCAGUUGGGGAUGAUGGCAAAGAGCCACUGAAGAGCGAGGAGCAUGAGCGGGGCACCAAAAUAGAGAAAAGGAAAAAUAAGGAAAGCUUUCUCCGCGUCCCGUUUCUCCCUUGGCACCCUUCUCGUCCCUAGGGUUUUCCCUUAGGACGAGGUUGUCGUCGCUCCCGCUUUCAUAGACGAAUGUUUGUUUACAUUUUUCCCUCAGUGACAUAUGCUCAACCUCGUCCCCAGGGCCCUUCCCCUCAGAUAAAGAGAAGGACGGGAAAAGGCCCUUUCGUUCCCCCCCACCCACAUUUUCCGGGGGCCGGAAAACCGGGGGGACGCCUUUCAUUCUCUGCCCAAGUUAUUAAAAUAACAUCUCUAAAUACUGAAAAAGCAUAAAAAAUUCAGUUAUCUGUGAAAAUUUGUGCCUGUUAUCCCGAGUAGUUUCCGAGGAAACGACAUGGAAAGGAAACGAAACUUUAUAGGAAUUCGUCAGCUCAUUACUAUUUCUGCCACCCAGCAAUUUCGCAGAUUUCCGAGAUCUGCUAUUCCCUUCGUUAUUGAUCGUAAAGAGCUGAAAAUUGCACAGAUAUAUCACGCCCGGACAGCUACAUGCGAAAAGUGGUCACUUCUAAAUUCCAUCCGUUUGAGCUAAGACUUUGCAGUAAAAUAGAACUCCGUAUUCCUAACAAUCACAUGUUUUUAGAUCACUUAGAACUUAGCGGUUUUGGCGACAAAAUGACGUCAUAAAGUUGACAGAAAAAAAACAAUUUUCGGCUUUUGACGUAACAAAUAAGCAAUUUUAAAGUACUCAGAGGUGAACCGAAGAGUGAAAAAAUUGUCUAAAAAGCUGUAGUCAUUUGGUUGUAAAGAAAUGGCAUUCUAAAGAUCAAUUGUCUGAUGUUGUCUAAUGCUUCUACAACUAGACACCAGAGUAUACUGAGCUGUCAUAAAACCUAGACUAGAUAGAAAUAAUGUAUUUCAUGAAAACGAGAAGUUUACCACAACAGACAGCUGACAGCGUGUGAAAGGAAGAAGUAACGCUGAUAAACCCAUUCCCAUGCCGAACACCACCCCAACCAACGAGUUUUAUAAAACUGUUUGAACUGAGACUAUAAAUAGAUGACUAAUAAUUCCAAUGAUAUUGAUUGUCGAUACAAAACAAGCUAGGUGGGUAUACCGUGUGGCACGAAAUUUUUGCAGGAGUUUAUUUUUGCGGAUUGGUGAUUUUUCCUGUUUUGCGGAAACUAAUUAGGACAGAUUGCUUUUUCUCGCUGAGAAUCAAUUUUUACGAUUUUCAAAAAGUACCCAGUACCUUCCCUGCUGGCAGAGGUCUCUCACGACGAGGCAAAAAUGAGAGGGAAAAUGAGAGACCUCUGCUAGCAGGAAACCAUUACCCAGCGUUUAUAAUAUUUUCGUUCUUGUUAAGUCCGUGCAAUCAGGGUGCAAUAGGAAUACAUAUUUUCCAACAGUACUACGGUAAUGGAUAUCCUGUGUAAAACCAGUAAUUCAUUGUAUACCGUUUUGUUUCUGAAUGAAAGAGGCAAGUUGUGAUUGAACAGACACGAUUUCUUAGUACUGUAUUUUUGUGUAGCGAAUUUAAAUUAGAGUAUAUUUACUCUCGAGUAAAUUUUCAGUCAAAUUGAUCGAUUGAAAGUCUAUUUAAAUAGUUAGAUUUGAGACCUAUAUUUAUCAAGUUUAAUGGAGUCAAUGUGAUGAAUAAGACUGGCUCUUAAAUCGAUUUUUAAAUAGAAUUAAAUUCUCUGUUGUAUUAAGACAUUUUGAAUACGUCCCCUUGACAUUGUCACUUCUAAUUAUGACUCUGUUUUAUUAGUCUCAAAGUACUUCUUUCGGAAUAUCCACUUUAACCACUCCGAAAAAUACAUCCUUGUUGAUUCGUUUAACAACAUCUUUAAUUUCUAAGACUUAAAAAAUGGCACUUUUAACACUCAGUGCACAUAUGGAUGAAAACUAAAAAUUGACUAUCGUAUUACAGUAACUGUUUAAAACUGUAAAAGGUAUAGAAAACUUAUAAAAUGGCACUUUUACAGUCAGUGCACAAUACAGAUGAAAAAAGGCUGAGUCUCUUAUAACUAUUUAAAAUUGUUAUUUAUUUACCAGCUUCUCUGGACACAGGCCAGCCCAGAGUGUAUGUGCACGAACGGGACUCAGGUCACAUGCGAGGUGCCAUCCCUACCCAAUCCCACAACCCGUAAAGGUUGGCCACACCAUGGCCACAGGUUCUACUCUUUUCGAAUAGUGGUGUGAGUUCUUUUACGUUCCACAUGAACAAAUCAGGGAAAGUGCUGUGAGACGGAACCUACGGUUUUUCGUCCUUAUCCGAGAAGACUGGAAAGUCUAACCAUUUGCAGAUGUCAUUACAAAGGCAGCACUUUCUUCUCAGUUAUUUAAAGACCCUGAGUGUUGGUCCGGCCGGGGUUCGAGCCCGUGACAUCCCGCUCGGCAGACCGGCGCUCUUCCAACUGAGCCAAUCAGAAUUGUAGCAAGACAUUAGUAAAAAUAGCACUUUUUUGGCAUUCCAAACGGAGUCUUUGCGUUUGGUUCUUUCCUUCUUAUCCGGACCAGUGCUUAAAAUCAUUACACUGUGUGUUGUUUUACUUUACAGGAGUCGUCUCAACAACGCCAGAACAGGCCCUCAAGCAACAAGGACAGGGCCCACCGAGAACGCCUGUAAGUAUCUGAUUAUAGUGGCGUAUAUGAUACUCUUCCUUUGUUUUUAUUCUACUGCCUCUGUACAAUGACAGAACAUGGGGGCGCGUUUUACGUGCAUGAGAUAUUUUCAUUCAUUCAUUCUAGUCUUAUUUUAAACUUUAUAGCGGAAGGACAUCUGUGAGCAGGGAAUAAGUCAGCACAGAAUUUGAUGGUCGGCGAAUUUCUGUAAUCGUCCAUCGUUCUGCUAGUGAUAAGCUAGCCGUUGAAUCAUUCGCUCGUCUUGCUUGUUUUGGGCCGAGUCUUAUUCCGGUCAAAGAGAAAGAAAGAGUGUCUGACAAGGUUCAGCUGAAGGUUUCCAAUCAAAGAUUUGUGAACUCGUGUCCGGCAAACUCACUUAGUGUUAUAAAAUACACACUGUUCUACGCACCUUAUAACUUCAUCUGCGCUUAACGAGUGUCUUUUGGUCCAUAACUUUCAUAACAACUGCUCCAAGGAAUGUCACUGAUCCGUAACGCAAAAGAGUAUCGAAGUGUGACUGCACAAUUAAUGUCACAAAACUUACCUAUUGUAAGCUGUUCCUUCGGGAUUUUUUGUUUUUUACGUCAUCCUAACCAUUUCGUACUUGCGUGCGCAAACAAUAGAAACGUCAUAAUUACCUACCGAUUCCUCGCGGCCCCUGAUCAAGCAAAUCGAGAUUUUUUCUAUUUUGACUGUAUGAUUGUAUAUUUCAACUGUAAGUGCUUUCCUUAAUAUACGCGCGAGUUACUAGAGUGCUUCCUCGGUAUUUCGCCUUCUGGGAGAAAUCCCUGCAGGGGCAACAAAUUGUUAAAGUACUAUGAAUAUCAACUCACCAAACGUUGCUUAGAGGGAAGACUCGAAGGUUUCAUGGUUUCUUCAUGGUUUCUUAAGAUAAUGAAGCUCCUCGAAUACCGAAUAGCUAAGAAAUGUCACGAUUUUCAUCAUUGUCGUAGAUGGUUGCGUCAUCCUUA